AUGAGUAUUACCAGGAAAAACCCAUUACCAUCAUUAUCAAUUCAACCUUUAAGUGCCGAUCUUGAAAUCGCAACUUUUCUGAUUUUAUUUCGUGAUAACGAGUCAACAGAUUUUCAAACAUUUUGGAAAAAUCAUACUCGAGUUUUACCACGCCUCAGUCAAAUUGCACGUCAAUACAAUGCUAUUCCAGCAGCAUCUGUUUAUUUAGAACAAGUUUUUAGUGUGACUGGCGCAAUUAAAAAUAUACGACAGGCGUCUAUGUCUUCAGUAACAUUACGUAGUUUAAUGAUCUUAAGAAAGAAAAAGAACAUUGAGAAACUUCGCUCAUUUUCUCUUCCAUAA